AUGUCGGACCCGUCGAUCCUCUUGACAGACACCGAGCUGCCGGACAACGUCAGCUAUCCGCCUGAACUGCCGCAGGAGGACAAGACGCACGGACGCCGCAAACCCAACCUGACGGACGAUCAGCGUCUCACGAUGGCCGAUUUCCUGCUCAAACACAGCAUGGGUGAGGCUCGCCUACCUCGCUCUGUUAUUACCGCUGCUGCUGACAAAUUCGAGGUGCACCGCAACACGGUGUCGCGCGUCUGGAACCUCAUGAAAGCGGCAAUAGACGUUGGAGCGCCCACCGACGUCGUGAUGAAUCAGGUAUUGUCCAAAAAGCGCGGCAACUGUGGACGCAAGAAGAAGGACUACUCGGCUGCGUUAGAGCGGGUAAAGCAGCUCCCGUUGAGUCAACGUGGCUCGCUCCGAGCGCUGUCAACAGCUGUAGGUGUCCCGCGCACGACGUUAUUCCGUCUAUUGCGGAACGAAGACUCGACUGGUAACCCAGUGAUCAAUACUGCCGAGCAACAGGACUCCAACUCCGAUGCCAAGCCGACGAUCGCUAACGCAAUCAAACCAGCGCUUUCCGAUAAGAAUAAACGGGAGCGACUCAAGUUCUGCUUGGACAAGAUGCGGCCCAACGGAGUGUUCGACGACAUGUUCAACGUGGUGCACAUCAACACCAAGUGGUGCUCACUACUCGGCAGUCGCGACGCGAAGAAGACGAAAGCGAUGUUCCUCAUCGCCGUCGCUCGGCCUCAGUGGGAUAGUCGGCGACGGCAACAGUUUGACGGCAAGCUUGGUGUCUGGCCAUUUGUGGUAACCGAUCCACCUUUAGAACCCUACGCAGAAGCCAUAGUAUUACCUGGGAUCCAAGCAGCAUCCCGAGUCGGACGAGUGUUCCGUGUACUAGAGACAAUCACCAAGAAGGAGAUUCAGACGAUGAUUACAUCCUACGUCAUUCCAGCGAUCAAGAUGAAGAUGCCGAGCUCGUUGCGCGAUGGACGAGUCUUCAUCCAGUUUGACAACCAGCAAAUGCGAUUAACGCCCGAUGACCCCGUGGUUGCUGAGCAUGGAAGGAUAGAUGGCUGGGAUAUUCAGGUGCAAUACCAACCAGCCUACAGUCCAGAACUGGUGGUACUAAACCACAAUUUCCUCAAGAGUAUUUAUCCAGAUUUGACAGUCCGUAUUGCCACCAUGCAGCCUCCUAUAGAAGAGCUUAUUGCUGGUGUAGAGCGCGCAUAUGCCGCAGUCUCUAAACGACAGAUCAACGACACCUUCCUGGCUUUGCAGAAGACGAUGGAGUGCGUUAUGCUAGCGGGCGGCUCCAAUGACUUUGAUUCGCAAGAAGACGCGACCAAGAAGAGUUUGCAGCGCAAUGGCAGUCUACCUCACAAAGCUAAAGCGCAUCGAGACGCGAUGGUACGGAUACUAUGUGUUUUUGGCAAGACAAUUGACCGGGUUGCUUUCCUGGUCAGCGACAAUUGCUCCCUGAACAAAAAGUUAGCUCGCCUGCUUGGCGUACCGCUAGUCGGGUGCGCCAGCCACAGGUUGAACCUGGCUGUGACACUUGUGACGGCAAGCUUGGAAAGUGUGCUCGUCAAAACCCAAGGACUGAUGGUGAGACUCCGUACGCUGAACGAAUCGGCCAAGCUUCGAUUCAAGACAAAACUUCGCCCGGUACUUCGUCAAGACACCAGAAGGGGUUCAACCUUUAAAAUGCUUCACCAUUAUUUUGAUCUUCUCGAAUUUAUCGACCGUGACGACGAGAAUCUGGCUGAGUUCAUCCCCUCCGCGAGUGAAAACAAGAAAUUGAAGGUGCUGUUGACGACACUGGAACUGAUUCAGUCGGUUUCAAUGCAGCUGCAGUCCGAUGGUGUGACGCUAUGGGAGAUUUGCGUUCUAUUCGACGCAUUGCUCAAGGAAAUGCCCGCUUUAAAGCGAUACUUGGGUGCUACAGGAUCAAUCGUCGCCAGCCCUGACUUUGAGUCAGCCUGCGUCAAAAUUCAGUCGGACAAACAGAACCCUAUUAGCCGCCAGGAGAAAGCGGCUUGCCAACGUUUCCUGCGAGAGCCCCAGAACGAAGUGAAUCUGCAAGGAUCGUCGCAACAAGGUUUCGCAGCAUCAGUCCUUAAAAAAGCUCGACUGGACGUUGCUCGCGCGACUUACGGUCUUGAUCUGCACUCUUUGUUGCCCAUCUCGCUGGAAAUGGUGUUAUGUCUGAGAGUUAACGAGUGUUACUGGGGUGCUGAAACUAUUCAUCAAUGCCUCGACUAA